AUGUGGGAAGAAGUAACGAAGAUGGGAAGACAUCAGGGUGUUCAAGUUUGUUUAGUGUUCCACAGCUCUUCAACUCCCAAGUGUCUAACAUACAGUCCUGCUGGUACUGGUAAAACAGAAUCUGUUAAAGCUCUUGGACAUCAGCUUGGCCGCUUUGUGUUGGUUUUCAACUGCAAUGAAACAUUUGACUUCCAGGCGAUGGGACGCAUCUUUGUGGGACUUUGCCAAGUGGGAGCGUGGGGCUGCUUUGAUGAGUUCAACAGGCUGGAGGAGCGAAUGCUCUCUGCAGUUUCACAGCAAGUUCAGUGCAUCCAGGAAGCCUUGAGAGAGCAUUCCAACCCCAACUAUGAUAAGACUGCAACACCCAUUACCUGUGAGCUGCUGAACAAACAAGUCAAAGUGAGCCCUGACAUGGCUAUCUUCAUCACCAUGAAUCCUGGCUAUGCAGGCAGAUCUAAUCUGCCUGACAAUUUGAAGAAGCUGUUCCGUAGCUUGGCAAUGACAAAACCAGACCGUCAGUUGAUUGCCCAGGUCAUGCUGUACUCCCAGGGUUUCCGUACUGCCGAAGUUCUUGCCAAUAAGAUAGUACCAUUCUUCAAGCUUUGUGAUGAACAGUUGUCCUCCCAAAGUCACUAUGAUUUUGGCCUGAGAGCACUGAAGAGUGUGCUGGUUAGUGCAGGUAAUGUGAAGAGGGAGAGGAUUCAGAAGAUAAAGCGGGAGAAGGAAGAGCGUGGUGAAGUUGUUGAUGAGGGAGAAAUCGCUGAGAACUUGCCAGAGCAAGAGAUCCUGAUCCAAAGUGUAUGUGAAACUAUGGUACCAAAACUGGUUGCAGAAGACAUUCCACUGCUGUUCAGUCUCCUUUCUGAUGUAUUCCCUGGAGUACAGUAUCACCGUGGAGAGAUGACAGCCUUGAGAGAGGAACUCAAGAAAGUGUGUCAGGAAAUGUACCUUACCUAUGGUGAUGGAGAGGAAGUUGGUGGCAUGUGGGUCGAAAAGGUUCUUCAGCUGUAUCAGAUCACACAGAUAAAUCAUGGCUUGAUGAUGGUUGGUCCCUCUGGAAGUGGCAAGAGCAUGGCCUGGAGAGUACUUCUGAAGGCCCUUGAACGGCUGGAGGGUGUGGAAGGUGUUGCUCACAUUAUAGAUCCAAAAGCAAUUAGCAAAGAUCACCUCUAUGGUACUUUGGAUCCAAAUACCAGGGAAUGGACAGAUGGCUUGUUUACACAUGUCCUGAGAAAAAUCAUAGACAAUGUGAGAGGUGAACUACAAAAACGUCAGUGGAUUAUCUUUGAUGGUGAUGUAGACCCUGAAUGGGUUGAGAACUUGAACUCUGUUCUGGAUGACAACAAACUUCUGACUCUACCAAAUGGAGAACGUCUAAGCCUCCCACCAAAUGUGCGCAUCAUGUUUGAGGUGCAGGAUCUGAAAUAUGCCACUUUGGCUACCGUGUCAAGGUGUGGUAUGGUCUGGUUCAGUGAGGAUGUUCUCAGUACAGACAUGAUAUUCAAUAACUUCCUGGCCAGACUAAGAAGCAUUCCUCUGGAUGAAGGUGAGGAGGAAGCUCAGCGCAGGCGAAAGGGCAAGGAAGAUGAAGGAGAAGAAGCAGCGUCCCCAAUGUUGCAGAUUCAGAGAGACGCUGCAACAAUAAUGCAGCCGUAUUUCACCUCCAAUGGCCUGGUGACCAAGGCCCUUGAGCACGCCUUCAAGCUGGAGCACAUCAUGGACCUGACGCGCCUGCGCUGCCUGGGCUCUCUGUUCUCCAUGCUGCACCAAGCCUGCCGCAACGUGGCGCAGUACAACGCCAACCACCCCGACUUCCCCAUGCAGAUUGACCAGCUGGAGCGCUACAUCCAGAGGUACCUGGUCUAUGCCAUACUGUGGUCUCUUUCUGGAGACAGUCGUUUGAAAAUGAGAGCAGAGCUGGGAGAAUACAUUAGGAGAAUCACCACUGUGCCACUGCCAACUGCACCCAACAUACCAAUAAUUGACUAUGAGGUGUCCAUUACAGGUGAAUGGGUGCCAUGGCAAUCCAAAGUUCCUCAAAUUGAAGUUGAAACACACAAAGUUGCAGCUCCUGAUGUUGUAGUGCCAACCCUAGAUACAGUUCGCCAUGAAGCGUUGCUGUACACUUGGCUGGCAGAGCACAAACCUCUGGUGCUCUGUGGCCCACCAGGUUCUGGAAAGACCAUGACCCUCUUCAGUGCUCUCAGAGCUCUGCCUGACAUGGAGGUGGUUGGACUCAACUUCUCUAGUGCUACCACUCCAGAGCUGCUGUUGAAGACUUUUGAUCACUACUGUGAAUACAGGCGUACCCCCAAUGGAGUGGUGCUGGCUCCUGUGCAGUUAGGAAAGUGGCUGGUGCUGUUCUGUGAUGAAAUCAACUUGCCAGACAUGGAUAAGUAUGGCACACAGAGAGUCAUAUCCUUCAUUAGACAGAUGGUGGAACAUGGAGGAUUCUACCGUACAUCUGACCAGACAUGGGUGAAACUGGAGAGAAUUCAGUUUGUUGGUGCAUGUAAUCCUCCUACUGAUCCUGGAAGAAAACCCCUGUCACAUAGAUUUUUACGACAUGUUCCUGUGGUUUAUGUGGACUAUCCUGGCCCAGCUUCACUUACUCAGAUUUAUGGCACAUUCAACCGUGCAAUGCUGAGGCUGAUCCCAUCGCUUCGCACCUACGCAGAGCCCCUCACUGCUGCUAUGGUAGAGUUCUACACAAUGUCUCAGGAGAGAUUCACUCAAGACAUGCAGCCACACUACAUCUACUCUCCUCGUGAAAUGACUCGGUGGGUGAGAGGUAUAUUUGAAGCAUUGAGGCCACUGGAAACCUUACCAGUUGAAGGCCUUAUCAGGAUUUGGGCCCACGAAGCCUUACGUCUCUUCCAGGACAGACUUGUGGAAGAUGAGGAGAGACGCUGGACUGAUGAGAACAUUGACAUGGUUGCUCUGAAACACUUCCCCAACAUUGACAAAGAGAAGGCUAUGAGCAGACCUAUCUUGUACAGCAACUGGCUGUCAAAGGAUUACAUUCCAGUGGAUCAGGAAGAAUUGAGAGACUAUGUGAAAGCUAGGCUUAAAGUCUUUUAUGAAGAAGAGCUUGAUGUACCACUUGUCCUGUUUAAUGAAGUCUUGGAUCAUGUGUUAAGAAUUGACCGAAUCUUCCGUCAGCCACAGGGCCACUUGCUGCUAAUUGGAGUCAGUGGAGCAGGGAAAACAACCCUGUCAAGAUUUGUUGCCUGGAUGAAUGGUUUGAGUGUCUACCAAAUCAAGGUUCACAGAAAAUACACAGGUGAAGAUUUUGAUGAAGACCUUAGAACAGUAUUGAGACGCUCUGGCUGUAAAAAUGAAAAAAUAGCUUUUAUUAUGGAUGAGUCAAACGUCUUGGAUUCUGGAUUCCUGGAGAGAAUGAACACUCUCCUAGCCAAUGGAGAGGUUCCUGGCCUCUUUGAAGGAGAUGAAUAUGCUACCCUCAUGACUCAGUGUAAAGAAGGAGCACAGAAGGAAGGUUUAAUGUUAGAUUCACAUGAGGAACUGUACAAAUGGUUCACCAGCCAAGUUAUUCGCAAUCUCCAUGUAGUGUUCACUAUGAAUCCAUCUUCUGAGGGCCUGAAGGACAGGGCAGCUACCUCUCCUGCACUCUUCAACAGAUGUGUCUUGAACUGGUUUGGAGACUGGUCAACUGAGGCACUGUACCAAGUUGGCAAAGAGUUCACAAGCAAAAUGGAUCUUGAGAAACCAAAUUACAUUGUGCCUGAUUACAUGCCAGUUGUGUAUGAUAAGCUGCCCCAGCCACCAACGCACAGGGAGGCUAUUGUUAAUAGCUGUGUGUUUGUUCAUCAGACUCUUCACCAGGCCAAUGCUCGGCUGGCAAAGCGAGGAGGCAGAACCAUGGCAAUCACACCACGCCACUACUUGGACUUCAUCAACCAUUAUGCCAACUUGUUCAAUGAGAAGCGAAGUGAACUGGAGGAGCAGCAAAUGCAUUUGAAUGUUGGUCUGAGAAAAAUCAAGGAAACAGUUGAUCAGGUAGAGGAGUUGCGGCGUGACCUAAGAAUAAAGAGUCAGGAGCUGGAAGUGAAAAAUGCAGCAGCCAAUGACAAGUUGAAAAAGAUGGUGAAAGAUCAACAGGAAGCUGAGAAGAAAAAGGUCAUGAGCCAGGAGAUUCAGGAACAGCUGCACAAGCAGCAGGAGGUCAUUGCAGACAAGCAGAUGAGUGUGAAAGAAGAUCUUGACAAGGUGGAGCCUGCUGUCAUUGAAGCUCAGAGUGCUGUGAAGUCCAUAAAGAAGCAGCACCUGGUCGAGGUCCGUUCCAUGGCCAAUCCACCUGCAGCAGUUAAGCUGGCACUGGAGUCCAUCUGCCUGCUCUUAGGUGAAAGCACCACUGACUGGAAACAAAUACGUUCCAUCAUCAUGAGGGAGAACUUCAUUCCAACCAUUGUGAACUUCUCUGCUGAGGAAAUCAGUGAUGCCAUCCGGGAGAAGAUGAAGAAAAACUACCUGUCAAAUCCAAGUUACAACUAUGAAAUUGUAAACAGAGCAUCACUGGCCUGUGGACCUAUGGUGAAAUGGGCAAUUGCACAGCUGAACUACGCUGAUAUGUUGAAACGAGUGGAACCUCUGCGCAAUGAACUGCAGAAGCUGGAGGAUGAUGCCAAAGACAACCAACAGAAAGCAAAUGAAGUGAAGCAAAUGAUUCGUGAUCUGGAGGCCAGUAUUGCCCGUUACAAAGAAGAAUACGCAGUCCUGAUUUCGGAGGCUCAAGCUAUUAAGGCAGACUUGGCUGCUGUAGAAGCAAAAGUAAACCGUAGCACAGCCCUCCUGAAGAGUCUUUCUGCCGAACGUGAAAGAUGGGAGAAGACAAGUGAAACUUUCAAAAACCAGAUGUCCACAAUUGCAGGAGACUGUUUACUCUCAGGAGCUUUUAUUGCCUAUGCUGGCUACUUUGACCAGCAGAUGCGUCAGAAUCUGUUCACUACAUGGUCUCACCAUUUGCAGCAAGCAAAUAUCCAGUUCCGCACAGACAUCGCGAGGACCGAGUACCUCUCCAACGCCGACGAGCGGCUGCGCUGGCAGGCGAGCUCGCUGCCCGCCGAUGACCUGUGCACCGAGAAUGCCAUCAUGCUCAAGCGCUUCAACAGGUAUCCAUUGAUCAUCGAUCCCUCUGGGCAAGCUACAGAGUUUAUCAUGAAUGAGUAUAAAGACCGUAAGAUAACUCGUACAAGCUUCUUGGAUGACGCUUUCAGGAAGAACUUGGAAAGUGCCUUGAGAUUUGGUAACCCACUUCUGGUUCAGAUGGGUAAUGCUGAAGAACGUUCACCUGGCUCCUGGCUGGCUCAUGCAACUAGAAAAGAAACUACAUUCCCUGCAACCCCAUGCUUGCUUCAGACUCUUCCUUACCAUGGAGAUUAAUCCAAAGGUGCCAGUGAAUUUGUUACGUGCCGGCCGAAUCUUCGUGUUUGAGCCUCCUCCUGGUGUAAAGGCAAACAUGCUGAGGACCUUCAGUAGCAUUCCAGUUUCUAGGAUGUGCAAGUCUCCAAAUGAGCGUGCUCGUUUG